AUGUCCUUCCGGCGGGCCGUCGGUUUCCUCCUCACACGGAGGUCCUCGCCGCGGGUCAUCCCAAGGACGGGUCCUGGACGCUCCUUGAAGGAACUCCCCAUCGGUCGUGGUGCUGCUGGUGUGGCCGCUGCUGCAUUUGCUGGUGCUGGAGCCUGGGCAGUUCAGUAUUUCAGGACAGGCCCAGAUGAUGUUGAGUCAGCUGCUCCCAAGAAAGAGCAGGACACGAAGGCAUCGUUCGAGAAUUGGAUGAAGGAAGAGGACAUGACGGCGAGAUUCGAGAAUUGGAUGAAGGAGUACAACAAGACAUACCGGGACGAGGAAGAGAAGGCUAUGCGGUUCCAAGUGUUCAAGGACACCGUCAAGUCCAUUGAAUCGCUGCCCCCAUCUACCCAUAAGAAGUUUCUUCCACCUAACGGUUUUGCAGACUUAACAAGCAAGGAGCUCCCGUGCAUCCAGCCCUGUAUCGAUGAUGAUUUAGAUGACCCAGACAGUGAAGAGUACCGCCAGAACAAGUUCCUUGCCGAGAAUGAGAACGGAGAAGCAGUCAUAUGGUAGCCAACAGUAAACAAGCAGGCAACUCAAGUUUUGGCCUAGAGGUGCAACUCAGGUGGCUGGUGUAGGUAAAAUUAAGUAACUUGUGGCACUGCCUUAAGUUUGUGUUAUGUUAAUCUGAACCAUGUGUGGCUGGUGUAGUUUAAA